CUAGACAACCCAUUCCUCGACUCGGACUAUUUUUGGUUAGGAAAACGUAGYUAGGAGCUUAAUUUGUAAUUUGUUCCCUGUGUCGUGAGAUCUUGCCUUCGCGAGAACAUUUCAUUUGCAUUGUUCAUAGCAACACCGGACAGGCCUGUCUGUACAAAGUUUGAUUAUCGCCUUGGAAGGCUGUCUUGUUUUGACUUUUAGCACCUCGGCUGAGACGGAAUAAUUUACAUCAAGAAACGUUGUCUCGAACGCCAUUUUGGCUCACUGGAAAGCAAUUCUUCCCUCCACACGAUCAAGCAAUCUAUUGGCUUUUUUCAGAACAUAUCGAUAGCAAGCCACCACAGGAACAACAUCUCGCGUAGAAAUGGACCGAUGCGGGCAGCUUCCCGCCGAAAAAAGUUCCAAAUUUUGGCGUCCAUGGGACGAAGAGACAAAAGGGACAAAGAAGCUUACUCGAGCACACCCUUACAAAAGAUGCCACAUUGAUGCCCAAUCUCUCCAUCCGUCACAGCCUUAUAACACAACCUUCAAGCACCCAGUCAGAUUGUACUGGACRAAAGCAGUCUAUGACUAUAUGUACGAAGCUGGCGAAAGACUGCUAAGAAAUUUUCCAGUUCAAGCAACGAUACAAGUUGUAGACGAAAGUGAUAGUGAUGAUAGYGAUGAUGAAGAUGAUGAUGAAAUCGACGAAGAUAACAAUUUGGAUGAAUCUUUAARAGACGUCCAAGAUGUCCCAAAAGAUAGGAAAAAAACUGCGUCAUAGUUAGAAAGAUACCGUGUAUUAUUGCACAAUAAUCUCUGCUAGUGAUAUAUAUAUAUUGCAAAUUUUGUAUAUAAAAGUUUCUAUAUAGCUAUCUAUAUCAUAGGAAAAAAAAUCAUAUAUUCACAUAUUUCAGAAAACGUUGAAUACUGAUACGGGAUAGUGCAUUYCAAGACCGAAGUGCAUUGUUGGUCCCUUCUCUAUUGCCAUGCACUGAGAUUGUKUUGGUCAUUGGUUUGUGGAGUGGCUAAAAGCAGCUCUUGCACUUCAAUGCUUUCCAAAACGCCGGCUGUAAGUGGUAUAUACAUAUAUCUCUAUAUAAUAUAUACWUUUCACAACAAAUAGACGUUAUACAUUGCCGAAAACAUGGGUCCAAGUGGGCUGCGAACCGAUCGAAAAACACAAGAUAGCCCAACAAUUUKAAAAGACUUCCGAUCAAUUUGGUUUGUUUGUAUUUCGGUAUUAAAAUUUAUACUUUUUUCUUUAUUGUUUUAACACCAGAAGGAUUUUUUUAUCAGCUUUUUGAAGUAAAUCUCUAUUCAAAAGAUAGAGUUGCAUGUAAUAUUUUGUAACACGCGCUUUACAUUUUUACCCAACAUCAUUAAAUGGACAUGAUCCACCAGCAUUCAAUGCGGUCGUGUUUUAGAUUUUUCAUAUAUGGAAAAUGAAGUGAUGCAUGACUUUGAAUCCGUUUCCAUCCAUCGAUUUGAAGCUCGAAUCUUACAAUAUCUCCAUUCAUAUAGUAUAAAGGGAUAAUAAAGCGUAAGUUUUUGCUUAUAUUACGAUGUAUUUAUAUUUUCAAACAUGAGCAAAAGCUCGCAAGGGAUGCUGGUGGGCCAUGUUCCUUUUAGUUGUGUAUGAUUGCCAUAUGAUUUGCGAUGCACUGAGAUUUGCUUGAUUAUAAUGGAUUUUAUUCAUAGUUCAUUUUUUACCGAGGUUUUGUAUUCAUUUAUUGAUAAUAUAAAGAAAUCAAAAUGUUGUAUAUCCAUAAGUUCAAAUGUGAAUUAGGUUAUUUUAUGGUCUUGUAUGGAUGUAUUUAGCUCUGAGAACGAUAUAUUUGUAAAACAUAUAUCUUGAAAGAAAAAGCAUAUUAAAAUAUGAAACAGUCA